AUGCCUUGUAAAAUAAAUGCAGAUUGCAAUGAUUUCAUAAAAAAUUCAAUGUGCUCAGAAAAAAAAGGGUGUCAAUGCUUAAAAGAUUAUGUUUCCAUUAAUGAAACAGCGUGUAUAAUACUUUAUGGUGCCUAUUGCUCGAGUGAUGAGCAAUGCUUACUUGAAAAUUCAUAUUGUAUUGACAAUGCAUGUCAAUGUAAGCCUGGUUAUAAACGUCUAGGAUCCAAAUGUGAAUCAAAUUGCAAUACAAUAAGGUUUUCAAAUUGUUCGAUUGAUAAAAAAUGUUCUUGCAAAGAUGAUUAUUAUAAACUAAAUGAGAAAGAUUGUGCACCAUUAUUAAGAGGGUUCUGUUUCCGAAAUGAAGAUUGUAUCGUUGAAAAAAGUAUAUGUUUUAAUGAAAAAUGCCAGUGUGAAUCUGGCUAUAAGUCUGAGUCUAAUAACAGAUGUAUACCAGUUUACUCAGAUAAAUGGUGUUACCAUAAUGAGGAUUGUAAUCAAAUACAACAUGCAAUAUGUUCUGAAGACAAUGUGUGUGUUUGUAUCAGCAAAUAUGAUCGAAUCAAUGAAACGGCAUGUGGGCCAUUGUUGAAAGAGUAUUGUGACAAAAGUACAGACUGCGCAACUGAUAAUUCUAUUUGUUCAGGCCACGAAUGCACAUGUGAUGAUUUUUUUUCUAGAGAAUCUAAUACUAGAUGUCUAGCAGAUUUUUUGGGUCUAUCUUGCAAAAUGAAUUACGAUUGUAAAAAUAUUAAGUACGCUAAAUGUUCAAGAGAUAAUCGAUGUGUUUGUCAUUCAAAUUAUAUCAAAGUGAAUAAUUUAAAAUGCGCACCUUACAUUGGAGAGUAUUGUGAACAUGAUUCAGAAUGUUUUGUCAAUGGAACUUUUUGUAUUAGAAAUAAAUGUUCACAUGAUCCCAGCUCAAUUUCUAAAGAUAAUCAAAAACAUUCGCUGCCUUCGUUAAAUGAACCGUGUAAGCAUAAUGCAGAUUGUAAUGAAAUAAAAAACGCGGUAUGUUCAGAAAAUAAAAAAUGUGUUUGUAAACCAUAUUACUCUCAAUAUAAUAGAACUAGGUGUACAUCACUAAGCCAAGACUUUUGUUCGAAAAAUAGAGACUGCUUAGUAGAAAAUUCCGCUUGCAUUGAUAACUUUUGUAAAUGCAAACCGAAUUUUAUUAAGGCCUCUAAUCAUUUAUGUAUAUUACAGAGUUCUGAAAAAUUUUGUCUCACAGACCAGGACUGCAGUGAUCUAUUACAUACAUACUGUUCGAAUGAUAGAAAAUGCGUUUGUGAAUCAAAUUAUUUUUCUUUUGGUAGUACGUGUCUAGUAAAGUUAAGACGUAGUUGUGACAAUUAUGAUGACUGUUUCGACCAAAACUCUGUUUGCUAUAUGAACAAUUGUUUGUGCAAGCCGGCCUAUGUUGUAAGAAAUUAUCAAUGUGAACAUGUUAUAUUGGGAGCACCAUGUAAACAGCACUCAGAUUGUAGUCUUAUCCCUAAUGCAGUCUGUUCAAACGAUCAAAAAUGUGUCUGUAAUGUGCAAAGUUAUGCAUUAAGUACAGUAGCAUGUGCACCGAUGAUUGGUGCAUCGUGUUCAUUUGACAACAAAUGCCAUUUCGAAAAUUCCGAAUGUUUUAGUAACAGCUCAUGUCAAUGUCUAACCAAGUUCGCUCCUGUAUCCGAAACCCAGUGUUUUCCAAAAAUAUUGCUGUCAGUUUGUGAAGUAAAUUUGGAUUGCGGAGAGCCGUGGCAUCACGAAUGUACAGAAGAUAAAAAAUGUGUUUGUAGGCAAAAUAAUAUUGCGAUAAACAGAUCGACAUGCUUGCCAAUUUUGGGGGCAAAUGUUGCCUGGUCAAAUGAUUUUUCGAAACAAAUGUUGUGA